AAGGACGCCUACUUUGACGUGGCGGAUCCGCUGCCCUUCAUCGCGCACCUCUUUGUGCACAUCCCCGCGCUCCUCGCGCGCAACUUGAGCACCGGCAACAAGUGGGCCAAGAUCGACCCGUGCAUUGGAAAGUUGACGGAGGAGAAUGGCGACUAG